UAAAAAUGUGGAAGUUCGCACAAAACAAGCCAGUUAGCGAGAAGGUUGAUGUCAUUUAAUAAUGUUUUUACGAAAAAAAUAAAACGUUUUGUGUUGCUUGGUGCCAGCUUGAAAAACAUUUUUGAACUCUUACAGUGCUUUUUGAAAUAUUAUAAUGCGGUGUUUGUGUUCGUUGAAUAUUCAUCGAGAUUUGAAUUCCAGAUCGGACGGCACCGAAUCUCCAAUUUUAGAAGAACAGGAGAGUGCCAAUUCAGAAAAACCAAAACAAGUCAAGUAUGGUGAACUAGUCAUUUUAGGAUAUAAUGGGUUCUUACCUCAAGGUGAUAGAGGCCGGAGGAGAAGUAAGUUUGUUUUCUACAAAAGACAAGUUGCCAAUGGCGUUAAGAGACUACGACAUUACGUCGUAAGGACACCACAUUCAACACAAGCCAUUUUAGAUGCCAAUCAACAUUCAAUAUCCUACACAUUAUCGAGAAACCACGCUGUCAUAGUAGAGUAUACAAGUGAUGAGGACACUGACAUGUUUCAGAUUGGAAGGUCCUCAGAAACCCCAAUAGACUUUGUGGUGAUGGAUACUAUACCGGGUGAUAAGUCAGUAGAGACUAAAGUUAACCAAAGUACAAUAUCAAGGUUUGCUUGUAGAAUAUUAUGUGAUAGAACCAAUCCCAAAAUAGCUAGGAUAUAUGCUGCCGGUUUUGAUACAUCAAGAAAUAUAUUUUUAGGGGAAAAAUCUUUAAAAUGGCAGGAAAACGGUAGAGAAAUCGAUGGAUGUACGACAAACGGAGUUCUCAUUAUGCAUCCUCGUGGUAGUUUUUGUGGGGGCGAAGCCAAAUGUGGAUAUUGGUUGGAGACGUCCGUAGGUGGAGGCAUCUUUUCUUUAAGAGAGUCGCGAUCUGCCCAACAAAGGGGUCAAGUGGUAGAAGACGUUACAAAUGUGCUCCAAGAUGGUACUUUGAUUGAUUUAUGUGGGGCUACCUUAUUAUGGCGUUCUGCCGAAGGACUUGCAAAAUCACCGAGCAAACGAGAUUUAGAACGAGAAAUUGAUGAAAUAAAUGCUGGGCGUCCACAAUGCCCUGUUGGCUUAAACACACUGGUGAUUCCAAGACGAGUCUCACCAAACGAAAAUCUACAACAGCCCUAUGUUUACUUAAAUUGCGGACAUGUUCAAGGAUUACAUGAUUGGGGCGAAGAUAAGGACACCGGGACUAGGAAGUGCCCAAUUUGCUUAGAGUUGGGUCCUGUCGUAAAGGUAUUCAUGGGAUUAGAACCAGCAUUUUAUGUGGAUUCUGGACCACCAACAUUUGCUUUCAAUCCUUGUGGACACAUGGCUACCGAAAAAACUGUCAAAUAUUGGGCAAAUGUGGCGAUCCCUCACGGUACCAAUGGAUUCCACGCAGUCUGUCCGUUCUGCGCAUGCCCUUUAUUCGGUUCUCCGGGCUAUGUCCGGCUCAUCUUUCAAGACAACGUGGAUUAAGUAUCUUGAAAAGUGCAUCGAACAAAAUUAUUUGGUGUUAACUUGUUGUUUUGUGCAUGUAAAUGAGUGAAGAUAUUUUGUAGAAUAGUCAACCAAAGCUUUAUUUAUAUUGCUAGGAUAAGUGUUGAUAUAUAAUGUUUGUAAUUGAUCAUAAAAAAAAAAGUUGGUGAGUAAACGAGGAAAUCAUUGUUAUGACUGAAAUAUUGUUAAAGGUGUUUUAUAAUUAUGUAAUUGUAGAUUAAUAUCAAGGAGUAUGCGAAUGAAAGAAAAAAAUUUAAAUAUUCAGUCACUUAUGGUACAAUCACUCAGUGUAUGAAUACCCAACAAAGUGAAUUGUACCUUUAUAGUGUAUAAGUAAUUAUCAAAAUAUUUGCACAAUUAAGAAGUUUGUUUUCAAAGACAUAUUUUCACUAAAAAAAAAAGAAAGUCAAAAGUAGGGGAGGAUGGGGCAGAUUUGGAUACUUUUUUUUUCAAUAGCAAGAGGCUUGCUGUUUUAGGUUAUGUUACGCAACAAGGCAUGAUUUCUAAGUACAAGAAAGAAUAUUGUGUUAUUUAACAAUAGAACGAUUGUUACAACCUUAUGAACAGUGAGUAUACUUACAUUAGUGUUUAAAAAAGUUUUACGAUUAUUUUCAUCACUUAAAACUUAUAAUUUUAUAAAAGUUUAUAAUGACGCUAUAAUUAGGAACACCAAUGUACACCUUUAUGUAAGUGACUAACUUUACAAUGUCAGUAGAGCGGGAUAUUUGCAUUGUCCAAAUGUGUCCCAUGUACAAAUCUGCCCCGCCCUACCCUACUGUUUAUCCCAGUGAGUAUAUGAUAUUUAAAUAAUGAAUUGAACAACCCAAGUUUAUCGCACUCUGUGCUGUAACAUGACUGUUUAUCAUAUUUAUAGUGGAUCCUCGUUUAGUUACUAAUUUACACUGUAAAUAAAUGUCCUUAGAAUAAUAGGCGAACGAAAUUUGUGAUGGAAAUAUUUUUUACAUUUGAGACUUAAAAGAAAAACUAAAAUUAACUUGUACUGCUUUUGUUUAAUACUGAAUGUCGCAUAAAGAAAUUCUCUUUGUUCAACUUAAAAUGUACUAAUGGUAUCAUUCAUUUAAAAUACUAUCUGUGAUUUUUAAACUGGUCACUUUUUCUUAUAAAUGAAAUAUAUUUCUUUUUUAUUGUAUAAUACGUAUCUAAGUCAAUGGACUAAAGUAAAAUCAGUUUAUAUUAUAAAAAAACCAAAACAGUUCUAUAUAUCUAAAACAUUUUGGAAGAUGCUUAAAUUAUGUUAAAAAAUUAAGAUUAAUUUAAUAACAUUUAGAGCCGGUUGCAAGAACGCUUAUUAAUAUAUUGUAUAUAUAUUGUAGAGACAAAAUGGGGCACACUACUGUUUUUCUGGUGACUAUCGCCUUCUUUUCAAACAUUUUAAAUAUAGAAAUACACAAAAACAAAUAAUAAUACGCUCACAACAAAUAACACGAUUAACUUUAUGCGGUCGCUUCCUAUUAUCAACUGACUCAAAUAAUGCAAUGCAGCAAUAACCGAUUAACUGUGAUGACGUUAAAUUAUAAGGAAAUGAAAUAAGGUAACUUGUUAAAUACUUUAUUUAAUACUUAAGUAUAUAAAAUAUGUGUUAUUACCUAUUUGAUAUGCAAAUGAUUAUUUUAGAAAAAAUACAAAUGUGAGAUUUUGUUUAAUUUGAAGGUUAUGUAGAUCGCGCAGGAUGAUCUUUAAUCUGGUCGUAAUUUUAAACAGAGAUAAGGUAUUCGCUCCGUGCGCGACAAUUCGUUUUGGUACUAAUGGACUAUUUCUGCGUAUACUGACAAAUACAAUUUUUAAUGGAAUUCGUAAUUAAAAAGUAUAUAUGUUAGUUUUAAUAAAAGUAAAUGAAUCACUGAUUUCAGAAACAACCUAAGUCGCAAAUGAUGUGUUUAGAGAUAAUUAGCGAAAACUAUCUAAUUUCCCUAAUUAUUUUUAUAUGAACUUUAAAAUAACCCAUAAGUUAAAUUAGUAUCGUACCUUCAAAAAAAUCGUAAAAUAUGUAAAAGCCAAUUAUGUUAGGAAAGGUCAAAAGGUCAAAUAUAACAUGGACUUAGGUGGUUUCUGCAUCAAAUAAAAAUUACUACAUAUUUUUCAAAAAAUUUAUUAAAAAAUAAACUAAAAUUAUAACUGUAUGUAACUUAAACAUAUAAAACAAUAAUUAAACAUCCUUUGCAACUGUCGGCCACUCCAAAAUUUCCCUCCAAAAGCUCUGGACUUCUUCAUUUUGACCAACAAACGUGUAAGCCUUCUUUAUAUGCUCCAUUUUUUUGUCAGAAAUAGGAUUUUUUCCGUUGGGAAUAGCAGAUUCUUUUGGAAAAUCACCCGGCAGUAGUAAUGGAAAGGUAUGUUCUAUAAAUCCACCAAUAUAAUCCUUCGCAACAAUAACACCUUUGCCAUUUUCUUCUUUAAAUAGAAAGUAAUGAAAUUUUGAAAUAUUGAAGCGAUUUUUUGCACUUCUGGGUACUGAUCUGGCUGAGGUUUCUACUGAAAUAACAUCCUUUUUAAAGUAUUUACCCCACCAGUUGCGAAAGUCUUUGAUUUGUGAGGAAUUUACAUGAUGAACCGUAAAAUUAUGUUUAACUGAGGAGCUGACUAUUAUCUCAACAUAUUCCUUUGUAGUGUAGACUCUGUCUAUUUUUUUUUAAUUUUCGUUUUAUGACACCAAAAUCCCUAUCAGACGGCAAAAACGAAUGUCCACGAAUAGGAAAAAAAAUUUCAACCUUUGCAAACCGACCAGAGCUUGCAAGAGCUGAACAAAAUCGAAGAAAAACAUGAUUUUUAUUUUGCCCUGGGCAAUUAUCGCAAAACAGAUGUAACUCUGUAAUGUGGUCACCAACGUAGCUGAUAAUAUACUGCAACAGGAACGAACAAACUUCAUUUGGGCUCUUUCUUGCGUGCCCUUCAUGGUACAGGAAAAAAACAGCUUCAUCCGUUUUCAUAUUGUGCACACCAAACACACUCACAGUGAGUUGACUUAAAUAAAAUAAGUCUUGAGCAGGACAUCGAGGCAGCUGCAAAUUUUGCAUGUAAUCAAACGAAAUUGCAAGGACGUUAUCUUGAUUGCGACAAGCCUCUUUGGAGGCCUUUAAAGUAUUAUAGAAUUUCUUAGAUCGUCGUUUGUGAACCAUGAGUUCUGCUGCAGCAACCCUUUUUGACGUGUCGUUAAGAGAUUUGUUUUUUAGCUUUAAUGCGAUCGUCUCACACUCGUUACACACAUCUACCUGUGGUCUCCCGAAUGAUAAGUUGAAAUUUUCCCUGAAAAUUUUAUUAUAGUACUCAUACUUGAUUUUUGAUGUUGGAUUCUUUUCCAGGAAUAAAGAGUACAUUAUUUUCACGUUUAACUCUGCAUCAAGGUAGUUAAAUUCGCGAGCACCAUAAUGCGUUUGUUUGACGGGGAACAUGGAAAUAUGUUCAGUAACCAAAAUAAUUUCUGAUGGUUUCUUAGCGUUACCACUCCUUUGUUUUCCUCUCUUGUCAAUUGGGGUACAUCCAACUUGUAGCAGUCGUCUAAUUCUCUUUACACGUUCGUUUGAAACACCGUACAAACCACAAAAUGCAUCUUUGCAAACCUCUCUUUUGGCGUUGCCAACUAAUAUGUUAUAAGAAAAAGAGCUACCUCUAUUCUUUGCACCUUCUUUACGUGGUCGCCUGCGUUUAAUUUCUUUACAAAUUAUCAAUCCUUGUAGAAAUACAUCUUACUCGUUCUUAGAGGAUAUCUCGUAAAACUUUUUAAAUAUUUCUUCUUUUUCCACAUCGAUAAUUUUUUCGGUGCAUCUUUUUUUACAAUCACAAGCUCUUGGUAGCCUAGCAGGAACUAUCACAUUUCCGUAGCUAGUAUAACAUUCACCUUUAACCCGAGCUUUCUUGAUUUUAUUUAUUUGGUACAAUUCGUCGUUCCUUGUCCUUUUUUUAAUAGUCGUCGAUUGUUCUAAUUCAGUAUCACUCAUGAUGCUAAAACGAUACAAAUUCGUUAAUAAAAAAACGAUUUCAAACCUUAUUUUUUACAUACCUUUUUAGUCAAAACACUAUUAUACACUGCUUGGUCACUUAAAUACAACUGCACGUAAUCACCGUUUACAACAAAAUGCAUCGAACAGACGAUUUUAGUCAGGCAGAGCCAUCUGCCAAUAGAAACGAUGAGCGCGCGAAUGAGUGCAGAAUCAACUUAAGUCACGGACUAAGGGUGUUUCUGCGCUCAGCCUAUAUUGUCGGGACGUAUAAUAUAUUAUUCACGUAUUGGACUUCGGUUGUUUAUGUGCUCAAUUAAUAGGUCUACAUAUUUUGAACGACUUACCGUAUUUAACUCAAAUAUGGCCGAAAGUGGACUUAGGGUGUUUCUGUAAUCAGUGAUUCAAAUGGAUUUGUAAAAUAAGUGAAACAUUAAUUUAUUACUGUUAUAUAUUUUUAUCGCUUAAAGUAUUUACUGGAAAAUGUAUGAGAAGUUGCCUAAAGCUAAUAAGUUGUCAUUGAAGAAUUAGCUUAUUCUGUCAAAAUAAAAAAAUACCAUUAAAUAAUAGCGUGAAGUUAAAAUGUACAAAAGAAGGAUCGUUAUUUAUAUUUUCAUUUUUGUUCGAAAGAAAACAAUGAAUGAUUAAAACUGGUUUCCCAUCAGUAAGUCACAAAAUUGCAUUCCAGCCACAAAUAAUAAUCAAAGGCAGAAAUCUUGAAAUCUAGUCCUUGCUGAAUGAACAUUUAAGAAUAAAGGGAUGUUAAAGAACAUCAUAAAAUGAUAAUUUAUUGUUUAUUUAAACGUACUGGCUAGCCGACCGCCGGCGGUAGUUGAAUCUAAUAAAACUAAAACCGUCUUCCGGCGGCAUGGUCUUAUCACAUAUAAAAAAACCGCCGAAAAUCUAACCUGAUUUGUUGAUCAGGGCGGCAUGCUCUCAGUGCAUUGAUAAAUGCCGCCGGACGACGGUCUACUGUAUUUGCCGUCGGAAAAAUUGACAACCUUAUUUCUUCCAUUUCUAUGUGAAUUUUCACUUGUUGAAUAUUAAUAUUGUGGUGAGAAAAAACACUUGUAAAAUCGCGGAGGCAUCGAUUUAAAUUUACAAUAUGAAACAGCCGGCGUGGCGGUGUUUCUUCAUACCAAACAAAAUACCGCCUUUAUUUUAUACUUUACCACAACUUAUGAAUCAGUGAAAAAACAAGGCAGAAACGGUAUUGAAAAAUGUUGCUUACUCGGCAUAGACAACUAACCUGUGUAUACCAGCUAUUCUACCAUUUGUACCACAUCAGAUUAAUAAAUGUGAUGUGGGUAUAGAAUAGCUUUUCUUUAAGUUAAUAAACGUUUCGUUAAAGCCCCUUAAAAACAUUAUAACAUCAUCCAAGCUUUGAAAACUUGUAUAAAAUGAUAAAUUGUUGUCUUUCAUUCAAUAGUUCUAAUUAAAUUCUUAUGAGCAGUUAGUAGAAAUUAUUAUGAGGAAGUGAAAAUAAUUAUCACUUACGGGCUCUGAUUAAGCACAGCGUAGUCUACUUGCUAAUAGUUUGGUUAUGUUUAGUUCCUAUCAAAUUAUUACCUUGUCAUUUUCUUUCCUUUUCCAGUCGGGUUAAACGGUCUCCCACCAUUAAUGCAUGUAUAUUUCAAUUGGUAAUAUUUUAAUUUUGGAUCUAGAAAACAAUCUGUUUUUUUUUGGCCGCUGAAAUUGUUUUGGCAUCUCUCUUCCAAAAGGAUACAAAUUCUCGUUUGGAAUAAUUAUCUAAGUCGUUCAAAAAGUCUUUAUAAGUUUCAAAUACGUCUCCUAACUUCAUAUUUAUCACUCAGGAACAAUAUUAAUAUUCAACAAGUGAAAAUUCACAUAGAAAUGGAAGAAAUAAGGUUAUGUCAAUUUUUCCGACGGCAUUCAAUGUUUCAAAUACAGUAGACCGGCGGCAUUUAUCAAUUCACUGAUAGCAGGCCGCCCUGAUCAACAAAUCAGGUUAGAUUUUCGGCGGCUUUUUUAUAUGUGAUAAGACCAUGCCGCCGGAAGACGGUUUUCGUUUUAUUAAAUUCAACUACCGCCGGCGGUCGGCUAGCCAGUGCGUUAUUUAAAACCUUUCAAAUAAAGGUAAUUUUUCUUCUUAUUGUACACCUAUACAUUUAAUUUCCACUUUGCUACUGAAAUUUUUUUAUAUAAGUUUCACUGUUUUUUUUUUGCUAGUAUUUGUACAAUUUUCAACACAGUAACUCCGGUUGCUUAUUGUAUUGUUUUUACCUACUUUUUUGAAGAAAAAAAAAAGUAAAAUGUAUACGUGUAUUUGAUAUGCCCUAAAAUGCACGAAUUAUCCGCAGCUAGCGCUAGUACGCUUUUGCUUCCCUUUCCAUGACUUCGCACGGAGCGAAUAUCAUAAGUAAUACAUUGGGGGGUAUUGCGUUUUGAAAUGCCAUAUUUAAAUUUUUCGGCCCGCCUUAAUCUAUAUUCUCUGUUCUUGUGUAUUCCUAAUAUUUUAGUCACGAGCCGCAACUGUUUACAACUGUCUCUUGUUAGAGCCCUGCACGGGCCGAAUUUUUUAGGCCCGGUCCGGCCCGCUUCCAAAAGUUAGAACUACGGCCCGGCCCGAGUCCGCUAUUAACAAUACAUUGUUCGGCCCGAUCCUGAUUUUAGAUAGGCCGGCCAAAUACAUAACGCCUAUUAGUCGUUAUAUGGUUAAAAAAGACACCUUGGGAUUUUUGAUGUUUUACAUGAAUGCAAUGAAAAGGUACAGGGUGUUUUUUUAAAUUUAUUAUUAACUUAUAAAACAUGAAAUAGGCGAAACAAAAUUUAAAUGUUACUAUUUAAAAAUAACAGAGCAUCAACGUUUUCAGUCUUUAAACUUGUUCUGCGUUCUUCAAGAACCCGACCUGCUGUGCUAAAGUUUCUUUCGCUGGAUGCACUUGUUGCUGGUAUACCUGCAAUUGAAAGUAGAAUCAUCGCAUUAUAAAUGUAUACAAAAAUAUUGUUACUCUCGUUACCUAAGUAUUUCUGUGCCAAUUUUGAUAGAACUGGAAAAUUAUCUGAAUCACUUUUCCACCAGGUAAGAAUAUCUUCUUUUAAAUCAAUGCAAGUCUCUGUCUUUAUAUAAAGUUCAAUUUCCUCUUGAGAUUUGCUUGAUGUCGGCAGGUACGGGUCAUCAUCCUCCCAUUCCGAAAAUGCACUUUUUUUUCUUGGUGGAAUGUAAUUUUCUGGUUGAUCUUGGCCAUCAAAGGGUAUAGGUGUUGCAUUGUUUUGAGGGUACUCUUGUAUUUCUUGUACCAUAAUUUUUAGCUUUUUAAUUACGUCUAGCCUUUCUGAUUCAGUUAACAUUUUAAGUUGUCUGAAUUUUGGACAAAGAAAAGUAGCAAAUUUAUGUUCAUCGAUUAAAACGAACUUUUUAAUUAAAAACUCCUCUGCUCUUUGCUUUAGUCUGUUUAGGCAUUCAAAUUCAUAAUCUGUAGUUCUAAGAUCUUUUAAUAACUUAAAGUAACACAAAGUGACGAAAUGAAACGUUGGUUUCUUAUCUCUUUCUAACAUGUCACUACAUUCUUUAAACGGCUUCAGGAAAAUUAUUAGGCCAGACAACAGAUUUCUAUCUAUUUCCGAUAAUCGGUGGUCUUCUUCUUUUGACGUCAAUAUUUCUGUAAUAUGUUCAAACUGGUCAUCUACUGUCUGGUCUCAACUUCCUGAUAAAUUGAUUUAGGUAACAAAUUCAUGUACCCACUUUGUUUCAUAAACAUAACUAAACUUUUACAAUUAUCCAUCGUAGUUUUAAUUAUUUCAAGAUCCUCUUGGGCCAAAAAAUUAUUUUCAAAUGUAUUACGUAAGACCAUAUUAAGCAAAUGUGCACUACAGUUGAAUCGUUCGUAUCGACUUAAAGCAGACACAAUAUUAGCCCCUUGAUCGGUCACAAAAUUUAAUUUUUUAAAUAAGUUAAUAUCUAACCCAAAAUUUGAAAAUCGUUUCAUUAGUUCUCUUCGUAUGUUAUCUCCAGUUUUCUGGUCUUCAUUAGGAAAACUACAAGUGAAUAAAACUUUCGUGUUUAAUACCCAGCGAUUGUCUAUAAACUGAAUAGUCAUUGUUAUAUAUGGAAUUUUCUUGUAAUCGUCUGUCCACAUGUCUGUUGUAGCUGCACAUAUGCCUAGUUCCAUAACUGCUGAUAUUUCCGGUAAUAUUUUUUGGCGAAUACAUUCGGCAGUUUCAAUUAAAUGGCGGGAAAUAGUGGUAGGAUGCGGUAAAAUAUCAUCAACUUUAACAUUUCCAUAUUGUGCACCAAUCUGUAUUAAUGAUUGACAUAAUUUUUUAAAUCCUAAACCUUUUAUUAUUUCAAAUGGCCUUAUGUUUUUACUACAAAAAAAAAAUGCUGUCUUUUAUUAGUUGUUCUUUUAUUUUGGCAGAAGAAACAACUGGUUGCUAAAUUUGUGCAAACUCAGAAAUUUUUCUUUGUAAAUCAUCCAAUUUAUCAUAACAUUUAUGUCGUUUUAAAUGGGAUGUACCAGUUUUACUGGAUUCAUAUUUAAAUAAUAAUUUGCAUUUCUCACAUUGAACAAAAUUCUGCGACUUUCCAUCUGUAUUCACCACCAAACAGAAGCAACUCCAUAUUUCACUUUUUUUUUUCUUUUGCAUCAAACCUUUUUAAAAACAGUUCACCACUUUUAAUUUUUUUUAAAAUAAGUUUUUUUUUUCCUCGGUCAUUUUAAAGUCAUAAAACAGAGAAAUAUUCGCAAUCGUAUCAAAUUAUUAAACAAAAUGGGAAUAUUCCACAAACCAACUAUACCGCGUACCAGCGUAACGUAAAAUGAAAAUUGUUGACAAAUAAUACAUAAGUAUAUUAUGACCGACACUUCUUGGAACAGCUUAAGAACUAAAUCUCGAACAGUCACCACUUGUCAGUGGUUACCGUAUAGCUGCAUCGCCGUCGCGCCGCCGCAGUUAGCGUUUUCUCUGUGAAACAUGGGCGUGCGUAAUUUAUUUUUAAGAAAAUAAUUUUAUAAAACGAAUAGAUACAUUUAUUUAACUACACUUAAAAUGUUAUCAGUGUCGGUUAUUUAAUAUAUGGAGAGUACAUGACUAGGGGGCUUAGCCCGGCCCGGCCCCGGCUUUAAAAAGCAACGGUUCGGCCCGGCCCGGCUGUCGGGCCGGGCCGCGGCCCUAUUGAAACGGGCCGGCCCGUGCAGGGCUCUGUCUCUUGUAAUGGACAUCUCAGCAAACUUAUAACUUAUAUAUUCAGCAUCUAGCUUUUCAGUUUGAAGAAAAAAUAAACUAAAAUCAGCAACUUUAACGACCUUUAUCUUGAAAACUGGUCAUAGUAUCGAAGUUAAAAUUAUUAUGUACCGAGAAAAUGGUUACAUUUGACCAGAUAAGCCAAUUUAUACAGGAUUUUGAAAUAAUUCUUAAAAAAAUUAUUUUAUUUUGUAGUUCUCACUAUAAAACGCUCUGUAUAAGAAUGUGUAUCGUGCAAUAUUUGAUUGACAAAAUACCAUAUUGAGUAGUAUUUUUUAAAAAUAUGUUAGAAUUAGUGAGAUUUUGCAAAAAACUACCGUCGUACAUUUGUUAAUCACCCUAUAAUUAAAAAUAAUUUUAAAAUAUACGUAUUUUAUAGAGUAUGCAACAGAAAUUCAAUCUAGCUCAUAAGUUGGAAAAUUAAAAUUCCAAAAAAUUGGGAAUCUUCUACUUUUUACAGUAUAUCGUACAAAUGCUCUCGCCGUUGACAUGAUUCCUUAUAAUUAUUUUAGUCGAGUGACAUGCGCAGUAAGGCUAAAUCGUGAGAGAGUACUCACAUUCCUUUCCCCACAGUUGCAGAAUACGGCUCCAAGAAGUUCUUCCAAUAUGAGAUAUUUAAAGUAGAUUUUAAGAUAAAUUUUUACAAUUUUAUCAAAAAUAAAAUAACUUUUGUUCUUAAGUUUAUAAAAAGCGAAUCACUAUAGUAAAUUUUGGACACUCUUGAGAAUAUAAUUUAACUACAUAUUAAAUUAAUUUAUCAUUUUGUAUACCUUAACUUAUUUUAGAUUUAAUCAUUGCCAAUGUUACAUAUCCUUGCCUUAAAAUUUUUGGGAUUUAUCAGGUUUGUUCCAGCAAUAGUAAGAAGUGGUUUCUGUCACAAAUGUGCUUAUUACAAAACUUAAGAUAUUUUAUUAUACAUGCAUGUCAAAAUUAGGACUUUUGCUGGAACAAACUUAUUAUAAUAAAUCAAUGAUACCAAACAACUUAAAUCAUUCUUCUGUGACAUCCAGUAUAUUUCAUCAUGUAAUUAAUGUAUAUAUUGAAUGUACCUAAAAAAUGUUUAAAAAUCUAACAGUAUGUGAAAAAAAAACGAUUAAUUGUUCCCGAAAGUUUGGAAAAAUCUGAUUAAUGAUUUUAAAAUGAGGAUUUUUUUGAGUUGAAUUGUGUGAAAUCGUAAGACUGGUUAGGUUCUAGGAUAUUUACCGAAUGAUAGAAUAAAAAAUAUGUAAGAAUGUUCGGAUUUUUUUGUGAAAUAUUUAUACAAUUUUUUUUUUAAAUCUAUUUAGAAAUGGUAGACAGAUUUUUUCAUAUUUUAUACGAUUAUUCAUGGAGCCGAUGCUGACAAUUUAAGUGCAUUUUUGAUUGACAAUACUUCGAACAUUAUUUAAAAAAACAAGCUCUUAAAAUUUAAAGCAAUGGCUUCCGUAAAUCAGUAAAAUCUACCUGGAAACUUUAAACGGUUGAUCCGAUUUGGAUUUCUUGGUUUCCAGUAGAACUAAAAUGUUUUUUUCUGAUAAGUUUCUUAAAUUUGUGUAAAUAAUUGUUUUUUCGUGUUUUUUAAAAAAUAAAUCGAAUGUUUUUAAUGAACAUGAAAAUACUGCGUUCCUUUUUACUUUUUUGGCCUUUAGAGUCAACAAUUCGUAAUACAUAUAUCCAAAGAGUAAUCACUAUUUUUCAGCAGCGAAUAAAAACUGAAGAACUUUACUUUAACUGGCAAAUCUUAAUUAAACGUAAGAAUAUGAAAUGUAAAGUGUGAUUAAAUGAAAGUGCCCACCUUCAUCAACUUUCAAAAUUGAUGUUACGAUUUAAUUAAUUUUUUCCGCUAAAUUAUUAGCUGUGAAAUUAUUGGAAAACGGAUGGCUUCAGGAACAUCAAUUAUAAUGCUUUUUGUUGUAAAUAAUUUAUUCUAUCUAUGCCUUUGUUGAACCCAUUAUUUUCACACCAUGGGUUCUAAUAGAUUAUACAGGGUGUCCCAAUGAAAAGUAGCCCGUUUCCAUUUGAUAAAAUUACGGUGAAUUUAAUAGAGGAGAUUUUUAAAAAACAUCCUGUUAUAGGUAAUACAUAAUGUGUCACUGAAGCAAAACUUAUAGCAAAAUAACACAUCAGCAAAAACCGUACGUUUCUACGAUUUGUUUAAAAGUUAUAAGCUCUGAAAAUGGGCUACUUUUCAUUGGGACACCCUGUAUUUAAUGGAGACAUCACAAAAAUAAUACUCAUCUAAAUUAAACCAUAAGAUGUCAUACAAUUUUUUACAUUGGCAAUUUUAUUAUUUUUUCCUAAAUAUUACACAAACGAAUAUAAAGGCAUUAAAGAAGUAUAAAUAAAGUCAUAUUUUAAUUGUUUCUAGAUGGAAUAAAUUAUAUUAACUGAUGAACUUAAGAAGAAAACACAUUUACAAGUGCUAUUGUUUUUUGUUUAUGGCAUUUCCUAAUCAUAUUAAACUAUUUUCAAUUAUUAUUGAUUUCUAUUAGCUAAAAUUUACAAUUGAAUAUUAUAUUUAUUUUGAUUUUAAAUUGACUGUCCAGAUUGAAUGGCAUGAUUCAAAUAUCGGCGCGCGAUUGUACUGAUUAACAGUCAAAUUAAUUUUUAUUGCAUUGCAAUCUAAUAUUUUAACCAUUUUUUAAUGAUUUAGAACAUUAUCGAAUCGUACUGUUUCAGAAAAUCACUAAUUUAUUGAUCGACUAAUAUUAAUAGUAAACUAUUAGUCUUUUAAGAGUUCAGUGGUUUUUAAAUCAUCAAAUAUAGUGAAACAUAACUUUUUAAGAUGCUCGUGAACAUUUAAUACCAUUACCAAACUUUUAUUUUUUUUAUUGUAUGGAUAUAUAAUUGUUUUCUUUAUUAUAUUGUAAUUGAUUAUUUGAACGUCCAGCUUUGUUAAUUAUAUUGUGUAUAUAUUGUAGAAUAAGUUAAAAUGUAGUUGGUAGUAUGUAAUGCAUUAUAGUCCCACAAGAAGAAUUUUAAUCGUGCCUGAUUCACUAAUAAAAAAUAGUUAAAACGCUGAAUUUUUAUUUUGUUAAAAUUUCCCUGUGUGUGAGAAAUUUGGCUUAUGGAAACUUAGUCCACA